UUUGGCUGAACGUGUGACUCGGCCGGGUGUUCUGCUGUCAGUUUUCAGUUUUCUCUCCUUGGUAACGCUCAGUUUUCUCCCCGCAGUAAACGGAAAGCCGCACCGGGGCAUUUCCCCUCCUAAACCGGCGUUAUGGUCCCGACCUCGACUGGUCAACAACUCGCUGCCGGAGAAAAGGAAGCUCCCUGACAUGUUUCGCCUCCCGGGCUCCAUCGUCGAGGAGCCGUUUUAUGGAUCCCCGGCUCGCCCGUCCGUCCCCAUCAACAAGAAACCCAACCAGGUGGACAAACCCGGAGAGACAGAUAAGGUGAACAACCUGAAGCAGACGGACAAGCUGCCGAUCCUCAAACCCAAAGUCCCGCCGGCGACCGCCAAGCCCACCAAACUGGACCGGAAGCAGACCACGACCGGAGCGCCGCCAACAGCCGUGACUCGACAGGAGACCUGGGAGGACUCGGACCUGUUUAAAUCUCAGCCGGCCUCUGACGUCGACGCCUUGGGGAAGAAGCGCUACGUAGCGCCUCACGUCGUCUACCAGACGGGGAAGAAACCAGAUGAGCCUUGCUCCAUCACGUCUUCCCUCAACUACUUCCCCGGAGACGAACCGGGAGAGACGAACGUGACGGCUCCGCCUAGGUCUCCUCCGUCCAACCUCACCGUGGUGACUGUGGAGGGAUGCCCGUCCUUCGUCAUCCUGGACUGGGAGAAAACUGACAACGACACAACCGAGUACGAGGUCAUCUCCACUGCUAAGGGACCCGACGGUGAGCAGGUCUCCAUCCUGACCACCAACCAGACUCACACCGCCGUGGAGAACCUAAAGCCUGAGAGCAGCUACGAGUUUAAGGUGAAGCCAAAGAACGAGCUGGGUGAAGGUCCUCCCAGUGAGCCGGUGUCCUUCAACACAGAGUCGGCGGAUCCUCGAGUGAGCGAGAACGUCUCAGGAAAAGACGCCAUCUGGACUCAGUUCCCCUUUAAGACGGACUCGUACUCGGACUGUCACGGUAAGCAGUACGUCAAGAGAACCUGGUACAGGAAGUUCGUCGGGGUCCAGCUGUGCAACUCGCUCAGGUACAAGAUCUACCUAAGCGACUCCCUCAACGGUAAAUUCCACAACAUCGGGGACCAGACCGGCUUCGGUGAGGACCACUGUCAGUUUGUGGAUUCGUUCCUGGAGGGAAAAACAGGCCGGCAGCUCCGGGCAGACCAGCUCCCUGCCAGACCCGGUUUCUACAGAGCUGUGCGUCAGGAGCCCGUCCAUUUUGGACAGAUAGGAGGACACUCCCACAUAAACUACGUCUCAUGGUACGAGUGUGGGACGCCCAUCCCCGGGAAAUGGUGAAUGGACUGAGUCGUUCUUGGGACAGGGAGGAACCGUCACCCUGGCUGGGAUGACGAUGACUUCAGGAGUCCGAAAAGAUCUCCUGGACUUGUUCCACCACCUUACCCAGAGCUGUAAAAACAUGUACAGGACAUACUCGUCAGGGAAUUAGUAACGCGAGAGCGUUUUUAAAUAUAGCAAACAUGCCUCGUCUUUACUAUUUAUCAAGCAACAAACUGGUAGAAGAGGAGGAGGAUACGUGGAGGUCUGGUCUCUGUCCGGACCGUCGGGGGGGGGGGGGGGGGCAGACUCACGCUAGAUAUAUUUUAUUUUGUGUAAAAUAAUGGGAAGCUGGCUCCCUGGAAUACUAUUUUCAUAACUUAUUUAUCAAAAGGUCCAACGAUUUUUACGUUUUGUUUUCAGCUCAUUUCUGUUCAUUUGCAAGUCGAGCAAAAGGUUGAAGAAGUAGUUUAGAAACCGUCCUGCUUGACAUUCAUCGCUGGCAGCUGACCAGUCAAACCAGUCCUCUGCUGUCCCCUCAACAAGCCGGCCAGUCGAAGGUCUGCUGGAUGUGGAGAUUAUGUGCUAAGUGUGAUUAACUUGCUGGAUAUUUUUCUGCCUCACGCUCUGAGUUCAUUAGCCUCAAAUUAAAGCUAAUUUAUACUUUGACGCUGCAAUAACAACGAAAUUUAACAAAUGUAGUUUGUUUUCAUCAGUGUUUUGUUUUGUUUGGCGGACGACAGAGUGCCAAAAUGUACUUUUUUUUUUUAAGAUUCAGACAAGAAAAACUACAGGCUAACAUUAGAGUUUAGCAGCAUGAAUCUCUGCAGUUUAAUUAAAUUCAUAUUAACAUAAAAAAAUUCAAUCAAUCAGCACACCAGAUGUGUUGGUCCAGCCUGCGUCGUACCAAACCCAGCUGCCUUUAGCCGUCCGGAGGCUUCUUUACUUGCAGUUUGCACAACAGAAAUAUAUUUAUAUGUAUAUGAGAGAAUGAAUGUUUUCGGUACAUUUUUGCAGAUGCAUUUCCCUUACCGUGGCCUUUUACUCUUUACUGUACGAUAAUCUGCUUCCUGUUGCCUCAUGCUAAAGCAGGAGGGGGGGUACACUAACGGUGCAGCAUGAUGGCUAAUAAAUCUAAAGACUUUUUUAACCAACUGAAUCUGAUUUAUGGAGGAAGAAGGAAAAGCUCUGAACUCUAAGUUUGCAUAUUUGGAGCACAAAUACAGUGGUGCUAACAACGACUAACAGUCAGUCAUUUUUAGGGUUAUUUGGCUAGCUAGUUGUAAAAAGUUGCAAAAGUUCUUCAUUUUGCCAAAAAUAUCUAAUUUAUUGAAGAAAACUUCUAAAUGAGUUGUAACUUAAAGCAUAUCUAAAGCAAGAUUAACAAGAACUAAUAGCCACUCGUUUGGCUGUUAGCGACCAAACUAUGCUGUUUGACAGCUAGCUGUCUGGUUAACUUUUAGUUUAGUAAAGUUUUACCAAAAAUCACACAUAAAGCAGUGUAAGUUGCAAAAUUACCAAAGAUAUCCGAUUUGUUGGGGAGAACUUCCAACCUCUAGCUGUUGUAUUGCAAAGCACAUUUAAGGCAAGGUUAGCUUUAAGCCUCUUAGGCGUUCCGAAAUUUAUUACAAGAAAAAAAUAUUCCAAAAAAUAAUAUGAAAUCUUUUUAGCACCAUGUGAGGUAAAAAGAAUUAUGUCAGGUGUCAAGCAGGGUAUUUUCACGUUCUUCUACAAGAUGCAGCACCUGGGCGGAUGCUGUCCCCGCAACAUAAAACGGGGAACUGUUCCUUUAAUUUUCAGCCGUAUUAAUACGUAGACCCCAAAACAAAAAAGUGCUUUGUAAAGAACACGAGAAUGUAUGUUAACACAUGAUGCUGUUGAUGUUUUUCUACUUUUCUGUACUGAUUUUCAACAAUAAAGAAGUUUUGAUUCCUUUUUUAAAA